CUGUGAGUUCCGCGGAGCGCCCCAUUCUGUUAUCUCACGGCGUCUAAUGACUACUGAGGUCGCUGAUGCAGAGUACCUGGCAAUAGGUGGCAGCACAAUGCACCAAAUAUGAAUAAGCCAGCAAGCUUUCCAGUGAAGAUGAACGCUGCAACCAUACUGCGUGAGGGAGCACGAUUCCUCAGGGACGAAGAACAACAAAUACAAAGGCUGCGCGCCGUCGCGGCCGGUCUAGCGGAUCCCGCAGAGGUGGAGCGCCUGCUGGCGGAGGAGGCGCGCUGCCUGAUGGAACAGCAGCUGGCCGACAUCGAGCGCAAACACCUGCAGGGGCUGCUGAGCCGCGAGGAGGCGGCGCUCGCCAGGCAGGCCGUGCUGCAGCGCAACCGCGAGGCCCACCAGCGCUGCCUACAGGAGAGUGAGGAGCUGUCAGCGAUGCUGGAGCAAAUGCGGGAGGAGGAGCUGCUGAGAGCGCAGCAGAUGGCGGAGAAGAGCCGCGCCGUGCAGCAGGCGGCGCGCGAGGCGCAGCAGCAGCUCCAGAGCCGUAGGCACGCCGCAGUUCAAGAAAUGAAUGAAGAAACCAGAGCUAUGCUAGAGAAAGCACUGAAGGAGCGCGAGGAGGAGCUGCGGCAGCGCGAGGCGCUGAUCCGGGAGGUGCGCGCGCUGCAGCAGGUGCGCGCCGCCUGCGCACGCGCAGAAGCAGAGGAGCGCCGCCGCGACGACGCCACCACCGCAGGCCUGGGACUGCUCUGCGAGAUGUCCAUCGCGGAGCUGCGUGAGCGGCUGCAGCUGCUGCGUGAAGAACUGGAGGAGGAGCUGCAGCUGCGGCAGCGGCGGGCGCGAGAGCAGCGACACGACCACGACGCGCUGCUGCAGCACACCCAACGCUUCGUGCAGCAGCGCCGCUCCGAGUUGAGAUCCGUACCAAAACCACAGAAGCAGGAGCUGAAAGUUCCAGACACAGAAGAACUAGAAGCACUGAGGAAGAAACUAGCAGAGAAACGUGAGCUGCGAAAGAAAAUGGAAGCUGCAGAGAAACUUAGCAGUACCACCUCAUCCUCAGCACACAGUGCCGAAGAACAGAGUUGUUCUCAAAUUGAAGAACAGAGUUAUUCUCAAAUUCAACUGGAAGUAAAUAGUACUCAUGCCUGAAAUUUUUUUCAGCAUCUUAGUCCUUUGUGACUGGCGAUCACAAAAAUAUGGAGAAAGAAUUAUGCCGAAUAUUCUAACACAUCACUUUUGUUCCAUUAAGGCUAUACUGCUAAACAACAUUUGUAAAGUUAUCAAAAUUGUGGUAAC